AUGGAGAAAACCGACAGCAAUGCUGUUCGUGCUACCUCUGCUCCAUUGGACGAUGUCAUUCGGCCUCGUGUCGCAGUCAUUUACUCGUCGGAAAUGACUUGCCAUCGCCCACUCCUUGAAGAGCACUAUGAACAGCCAGCGCGCAUCACCCGUAUCUGGGAAACUAUAACUGCCGCUGGAUGUACCCUCAAAAUGAAGCGCAUACCUAUCCGGCCUGCACAUAAAAAUGAAGUGCUACUUGUUCAUAGCGAAGACCACUGGAACCGUGUACAGGCUCUGCGCGACCUCACCGACGAGCAAAUACAAGAAACUCACGCGUACUAUGACUCGCUAUCUCUUUAUGCCUGUCUCGCCGUUGCCAGCGAUCUUUCAGAAAUUAAAAAGUGUUUCGCCAUUGUCCGGCCACCAGGCCAUCACGCAGAACCGACACAGCAUAUGGGAUUCUGCUUUUUCAAUAAUGUUGCUGUUGCUAUCAAAAAUACACAACAGCAAACUGCUGUAAAGCGGGUGAUGAUUCUGGACUGGGAUGUUCAUCAUGGAAAUGGAACUCAGCGUGCAUUCAACGAUGACCCCACCGUUUUAUACGUGUCACUGCAUAGAUAUGACAACGGAGGAUUUUAUCCGUGCGGCCCAUUCGGCGACAUUCAAUCGUGCGGUGAAGGCCCCGGUCUAGGGUUUUCGGUGAAUAUUCCGUGGCCAGGCGAAGGCAUGGGUGAUGCCGAGUACAUUCAUGCUUUUCAACAUAUCGUCAUGCCCAUCGCCAUGGAAUUUGCACCCCAACUAGUGAUCAUCUCUGCAGGCUUUGACGCAGCAGAAGGAGAUCCUUUAGGACAGUGUUGCAUAACUCCUGCUGGAUAUGCUCACAUGACACAUAUGCUGUCAGGACUUGCUGGUGGUCGCUUGGUGGUCGCUCUUGAGGGAGGGUAUAAUGUCGAGGCGGGGGCACGUUCAGCAUUGGCAGUCACUAAGGUUAUAACUGGAGAGCCGCCAGACGAACUUCCUCCCAUGACUGCCAACGAGCAAGCUACUGAGGUCGUCUGGCUUGUGGCCAAAGAGCAGAGUAAGUACUGGAAGAAUGUCAACCCGAAAGCCUGCGAACCGCGUGAAGACGUCCAUAUCAGCACAUUUUCUAUCCCUGAAAUACUGAAAUUACACCGACAAAAUUACUUGUCGAAUAAUCAUCGCAUGAUGAACGUUCCCUUAGUCAAUGAAGAAAUGGGAGAGCGGUUUGGAAUGCAAAUAAUGUGCACACCAGACAUACUGGACAACCCGACGAUGGUGUUCUUCAUGCAUGAAUUUGGUGAUGUUCAAACAGAGCUCGAAAAUGCUGCUACAUGCAAUCUGGACCUUGAGAGGUCCUACCUGGUCGAUUUCUCAAAAGAGCUAAUUUCGUGGAUAAAGUCCGCAGGACACUCUUUACUUGACGUAAACCUGUAUCCUAGGCCUCUUGUAGCUCCGGUGAAGAAGUCAAAAUCGGCCCAUGUUCUCGCCAAAGAACUCGUCAUAUAUCUCUGGGAUAACUAUGUUCAGCUUUCAAAUGCCCAGCGCGUCAUUCUUAUCGGUCAUGGACCAGGUUGUCAACCGAUGAUCGACCUACUUCAACAAAGAUGGAGUAGCGUAAGCACGAAGGUAAAAGGCGUCGUGCAAGUCGUGGGGCAUCUAAAGGUUCCAUUGGUGCCAACACAUCCCGAUGAGAUAAUACCUUGGUACCUAGAGCACUCCUUUGUUGCAGUCCCUGUGAACCACCAAGUGCUCGCGGCUAAAGCAAAAAAACGCCAUGGCAACGUCGUCCCGAUCAAUGAAAAUCGAACCAUCAAGCUCAUUAUAGAUGCCCUCCCAAGUAUUCAGAGAUUCGUACAAGCACAGCUGGGGGACCAGCACAUGGAUACUUCAUAA